AUGGACCGAGCCGGAUGUCGCACGGAGCAGCUUCCAAACGAUACUCAUUUCGGUGAUAGUUUCGAGAAGGAUCGCUUAAGCUGUGGCGUUAGAAUGCGGACUGUCAUGGUUACAAACGUACCACCUUCAUUGCGGUCCGAGAGGGAACUCAAGGAAUACUUUGAAUACUAUCUAUCACGCCAUGUAGCUCAGCCGGCAUUGGGCAUUACUAGCACCAUUCAGCCCGGCUUUCUCAAUAAAUCAUUCACAUUUCUGCUCAACAGACUCACGGACAUCCCUGCACACCUGAACCACCCGCGGUUUCAUUUUGCCCCGUCGGAAUUGACUACCCAAGAUAACACGCACCUUGAAGUGGAUCAGGGCAAGCCCGACACGCCUGUUAUCGACCGAGUAAUUCUCGUGCGUAAAAUGUCUGAGCUGGCAUCUUUGCUCGAGAGACGGGAAGAGGUUCUGUCGCUGCUGGAGACUGCUCACAUCAAAUUGGCUAAGAGGGCCUUGGCUUCUGUCAGUCAGAUCAUGGCGAAUAAUAGUCUCAGCCCAGGCCACAUCCUAGCGGAUGAGGAAGCCAUCGGUGAAGAGCGUACAGAGUUGCUUAUCCGGACACUUGGGAUAUAUGUUUCCCCAUCCUCUUCAGGUGUCCAGCCAGGGCAAAAACGUCGGAUUUGGCACCGUAAGGAUUGGAGGAAGGACACAAACCUUCCUUCCAUUGUCCCACAUUCAAGCGUUUGGGACGCACUCCUAAGUCUUCCACGUAGUGUGCUCGAUGCGUAUCAGCCCCUCAUACACUUGUCGACUCUCUUUCGCGGCCACACAGUGCCAUCCAUCGACUAUUAUACCGCAAAGCUCGACCUGCUCACUUCGCUCAUUACAGAGAAGCGCGCUCAAGCGUUCCGAGAUUAUGAGCCGACAUCCACUGCCUUCGUUACGUUUGCCGAUCCUGCUGACGCGAGGAGAGCGUGCAAGUUCCUGGCCGUGCACCCUACCAAUCCUUUGCAGUGUUUUGUGACAAUGGCGCCUGCCUACGAAGAUCUAGAUUGGCUCCGGUUGAUGAAACCAUCGUUCAGAGUCGAGUUUGUAAAGGACUGGCUCGUUAACCUCGGUGUCUGGGGAUUCACUACGUUCUGGGUGUUCCCAGUGUCAAUUCUUGUUGGCCUAGUAUCAAUUCAAAAUAUCAGUACAUAUUGGCCCGGCCUCGAAACAUACCUCAACAACCAUGAAUGGGAAGAAGAAUUAUUACAGUCCUUUGUCCCCACUGUCCUCGUGUCGCUUUUGUCGCUCCUGAUACCUCUUAUUCUCCUUCUGAUAGCCAAGAAGGCUCAUACCAUCGCUAUGCUGUCUACAUUGCAUGACCGCAUCAUGACACGUUAUUACAAAUUUCUUGUUGUCAAUGUGCUUAUAUUCUUCUGCGUCGGUACCGCCGCGCUGCAAUCGUUUCUCGUGUCCUUCACCGCCACCUCCGGCCUGAAGGUGAUUCAAAUUGUCGCGGACAGCUUUCCAACAGCUGGGCCGUUUUAUGUUGGAUGGUACUGGCUGCCAAACCACAUGCUAGCAGUUCACGUUCUGCUGAUGUUUGCGGUCUUGAAUCCUCUUGUCAUACCUUUCGCAUUCAUUUACUUUUGCGUCGGGGCAGUUGUCAUUAAGAAUCAGCUUCUUCACGUAUACGCGAAAACUUACGAAGGCAAUGGACAAACCAUUCUGAUUCGGUUGAUACGCUAUUCAUGUGAUGGACUCAUAUUGUCGCAGGUUGUAUUUAUGGCCUACAUGGUGGUGCUUAAGAUAACAGCUAAUGUUGUGGUCUCUGCUAUCCUCAUUGUAUUAACGGCCAGUGCAAAACUUCUGCUGACUCGUAUUUGUCGCGCCCGAUUCGAACGCGAUGAUAUAAUCGAAGCAGAUAUUGUUUGCGGAAAGGGCAAUGUGACGGAAGAACUCCUCGACGAGGUGCAGCCGAUCGAGAGUUGCCCUAGAGAGCUACACAAAGGCACAUACUAUGACUUCCCUCGAACUUUGCCUGUUGGGGUACAGCCACGGCGAUUUCCAGAUAGAAUUGAAGACGGAUAUGCUACACUCCCCAGGCGGCCUCGUCGUAGUCAACGUCGUCGAUCUAAUCCGUUUAUGCCACCUGCUAUCGCAAAGAACUCUACAUCGGAGCUUGAGGACAUCACUCGUACGUCGCUUGUACCUGGUAGUGCGAGAGGACAGCCUGGCAAUCCCAAACCAGACGAGACGCAACCAGUGUCCUCACAGGCGCCAUUGGUCGUCCCUCAUCCCCCACACCCAGCUUGGGACGACGAGCCAUCUCCAGAUCGCACAUACGACAAUCCGUACUUCGCGCGGUCAAUCCAAGACGAGCUCUGGCUUCCUCGUGAUCCUCUCGGCAUUCUCGAUCUGGACGACACGGUCGUCGUGCGCCGAUCUCUCACAUCCCAACCUAGUUCAGGAAUGCUCGGCGCUCGGCGACAAGACGAAUUCCUCUCAUCAAGGCUAUCGUUGUUGACUGACGCUGCUAGCCCGGGUAGUCUUUAUGACCAUUCUACUGUUAACAGUCGACAAAGACGAUUUAACGGGAACGAGCGGAUUCAGCUGCCAGUAAACAUUCUAUCUCGAGUUGGUGCGGCUGAGAAAGAGAAUGACGUGGAGACAGCUACGUACACACAACGCCCUGGCCCGUCCCGUCGAAGGCAGUAUGGAAGCCACAGCAUCCAUCUAACUGGGGAAUUAAGGUAUAGUGACCGCGAUGCGUCGCUCGGAUUGCGCUAUCUCUCGCUCGGCGCUGUGGCUCCGACUGGGAUGCAUCAGCGAUUGUCGUCGUUUUUUGCACAUGUUGGUCGACAUACUUACCAUCGCCACUCACCUACAACGCAUCAAGUAAAUGAUAUCUCCGCCGCGUCGCCUUACCCGCCACCCGCAGCCGCCACUCAGUUUACUGCGGACGAGACCGCGGCUACAAUUCUGACCUCUGUUUCGUUACGAGAAGCAAUGGUAGAAGAGGCUGUUGAAGAGGAAGAAGCCGUGCGAGAACGCUUAAGGUUAGAGGAGGCAGAAGAAAGAGACGGGGGAGUUGUGUCGCAGUUGAUUUCCUGGAUGUUUGCAAGAUGA